GGGAGGGGCUUCGCGCCUUGGCGCUUGGCUCGAGCCGGGCCUUUUCGGGGCCCGGCGCGCCAAAUCGGCCGAUUUGCACAAGUCGGGCGGAGUCUUGGAGCUUCGGCCGCUUCGGCCGCUUCGGCCGCUUCGGCCCGCCAUGCAGUGGCGCCGAAAAGUGGCCCGGGCGGAGGAGAGGUGCUACAGCCGCGACGCGGAGUCGCUGCUGGGGGAGGAGGUCCCGGAGCCGAGCGCCUUCCAACGCUUGUAUCUAGCAGUACCCUUCCUCCUGGCAGCCGGCAUGGCGCUGGCGGCCUUUAGCCUCAAGGGCGCUCCGGCGUUGCAGCCGGCGCAGGCCACGGAGCUGGUGCAGGCGACGGCAUCUGGGCUGGACGUUUUUUGCUUCGCGCUGAUGGGCCGAAGCGAGGAGCAGGGCCUGUUGUUGGCGCAGCAGAAGCAGGGCGCGGGCCUCUUCUCCUGCCCCGCCUGGGCGGUCUUUGGGCCUCAGCAGAUGGCCCCGGUGACGAAGGUGCUGUGGGGGCUCAACACCAAGGUUCCUUUCGGCGGGCCCUGGAACACGGCGCUGAACACCCCGGUCUUCGCCCGGGUCUGGCAGACGGUGCAGCAGCUGCCCGAGGCUGUGGCGCACGCAUGGAUCGUGAAGGUGGACCCGGACACGGUCUUCCUGCCGGCGCGCCUAGGGCCGCUGCUGCCUUCGAAGCCGGGGCGGGUCUUUCUGGAGAACUGCCAGGAGGGCUUGCAUGGGCCAGUGGAGGUGCUGUCCACCGAGACAGUGAAGCACAUCGACUGGGCGGUUUGCGGGGCCAUCCCCCAGGAGGAUUUGUGGCUCCAGAGCUGUGCCUUCCGCGCCGGGGCCAAGGCGUUGCCGCGGUAUGACCUGCUCUGGGAGCACGCCUGCCAGCCGCGGUUGGCGGAGAAGGGCAGCUGCGGGGCCUACAACGCGGCCUACCACCCCAGGAAGAGCUUCACGGCGUGGUGGAAGUGCUGGCUGGAGGCUUCGGCCUUCCCCAUCGCGGGGCAUUGGCAGGCCAUCCAGAACAAGAACUGCCUGCCCGGGCAAGGGGCCGCGGUUUUGGAGGGGCAGAAGGAGCCCUUCUCCUGGUCUUUGGCGCCGGCGCAGUGCAUGCAGCACUGCCAGGAUCUGCCCGCCUGCCAAGGCAUCGUCGUGGUAGAGGACCAGGACCCGAGCGCUUGCUAUCUGCGCACGGCCAUCAAGGUGGAGGCGUGUUUCUAUGCACCCGGGCAUGUGCUGUGGGUGAAGCCAGGGGUGAUCAGACCACCUGCACCUCCACCUCCACCACCUUCACCUCCACCUCCUCCACCUCCUCCGCCCAUCGCAACCAGCCCGCCCACCGUGGCGACCACCAAGACCAGCACAAGCACGACAGAAGAGACCACCACAACCGCAACAUUUACCACCACCAUCACCAUAAAUGAGGUUAUAGAGGAUCUCCCAGAAGCGCUGCCUGUGGUGACCCCCUCUGACUCUGGGCCCUUUCCGGGCACUGGCUACGGCGGAGACCGUCAUGCAGGCGACGAAAGCCGUGCAGGCGAGCGGGAAAGCGGUGCGGGCGACCGCAAAAGCCUUGCAGUCAGCCGCGGAAGCGACCGCGAAAGCCGUGCAGGCAACCGCGAAAGCGGCGCAGUCGACAGUGAAACCGGCAAGAGCGACAGCAAAAGCAGCACACGCGACCGCGAAAGCGGCGAACGCGACCGCGAAAGCGGCGCAGACGAUGAUUGGCCUGCCUGGCGAGCUGCGAUCACGUGGCGGUACGUCGGCCAGAUGGAUUGUUUUGACGCGUCGCAGGAGGCGAGCGGCGAUGCUUUCUUGCAACACGUUGAUCUCGAAGACUGCCAGAGGCUAUGCCUGAAAUCUCGGAACUGCGAGGCCUUUAUGCGCGUGCAGAGUAGGUGCUGGCUGCGGACGAAGGUCCACCCGGCCAGCUGCGUGGAGAGUGACAACACCCAUGUGUGGCGCUGGGCCCUCCGUCGCGAAGGCGAAAGCGGAGGCGAAGGCGAGAGCGCCGCCGAGCUCGCAGGCGGGUGAGGCCCGGCGGGGCCGGAUUUCUUUUUUAGCAUACUGUGGCGCGUCUGAAGCCUGGAGCCGAGGGGCUGAAGAAC